AUGUGCAGCGUCCGCUUUUGCGUCGAUGACGGGAUUCGGCUGAUCUUUCCUCUGACCUUCUCUUCUACUGGCGGGCGCAAAUGCGAAUGCCAAAUCCUUUUACGGGGCCAUGGGCGCAUCGUCCCUAGGUACCGGCGCAAACAAGGCGCCGAAGGAGAGGCACCACAGGAGUCGUUGGUUGUUCACCCUCAGCACGAUAACGCAAAUGAGACUUCUCUUCCCCUGCAGUUCCGGUUAAUUCGCAUCAGGCCCAGAGCCUCCUUUAGAGCAGCCACUAGCCUAUUCUCUUUCUCUCCUGGGCUGGGAAACGCAAGCAAGUCGAAGGAGCAGAUCGGCAAUCCAGAGCAAACAAGUUUUGCCAGUGUUUCUAGUAGCCAUCAAGUCGCUUCUUCUUCCCGCCUGCCACCCAGCCGCUUGGCUGCGAUUUCACGGCAUAGCUACCCCUUCGAGAUUUCAGAGGGGGCAAAAAGAAGUGGGGGCCCUAACACCGAAGCAGAGUCUACAAGAGCCCGAUUUGUUCAAGGAGACAAAGACAAUGGCAAUAGUGCUGUUGGUGGGUCCUCCACCCAUCGUCUGUAUACAACAGACAGCCCAGUGUCAAGAGGUGUAUUUGUGCAGAUGGAUUCCGAGGGAGAGAAGAAGUCGAUUUAUCCAGCUACCGAAUUGAUGCAAGAAGGCUACGGAAAGUUGGUGCUGCCCCCCCCUACAAAACCUACAGCUGCACCUACCCCACAACAACAACAGCAGCAGCAACAGCAAGCCGUUGUUCAGCCCUCCCCCGGCACCUCUCCACAUACAACAGGUGCGCAGGCUCAGGCCCAAGCGGUGGCGGCAACGGACUACAGCCCAGGAGACUACAAACCCGACACGCCUCCAGAGGCCGCACCUCCAGGGGAUCCUAGCUCGAGCCCUUCUUCUGAAGACGACAGCGAACUCGAUCUCGACGAAGGGGAAACUGCCGGCACAGACCCCUUUGAUUCCCCCGUUGCAGGGGGAAUGGCGGAAGGCAGCAUGGCUGGCUACUCCGACAUGGGCUACAUGCCAGGCACAUAUAUGGGUGCCACAGCUAUGGGCCACACAGGCGCCAUGGGGGCCUAUGGGGGGGGCUACUAUAACGGCUACGGUCCAGGGAUGGGCUCCUCUUACUACGAUCCCUACGGAAGUUAUGGACCCUAUGGAACCACCAGCCUCUAUGGAGGUUCAGGAAUGUACGGGGGCUAUGGAGGCUAUGGGGGCUAUGGAGGCUAUGGGGGCUAUGGGGGAUACGGGGGCUAUGGGGGUUCAAGCUCUUAUGAUCAACACUACGACGACUAUUCUAGGAAGUAUGCAAAAGAGGCAGCCAAGGAGGAAGCAAAGCGGAGACGAGAACAAGAAGAAAAAGACCGCAAGCGAGAGGAGAAGGAGGCGAAGAAAGCAGCAAAAGAGGAGAAGCAAAAGGAAAAGGAAGAGAAAAAGGCAGAAAAAGAGGCCAAACAGAAAGAGAAAGACGCCAAACAGAAAGAUGAAAAACAGGCUCAGAAGGAAGGAGCCAAACCAAAAGAGGCAAAAGGCGAAGGCAAAAGCGCAGACAAAGCAAACGCAAAAAAGGGUGGGAAAGGAGGGGAGGCGAAGGGCAAAGAGAAAUCGGCGAAAAGCGAGAAAUCUGGAGGAGGCGGUCAAGAUAAAAAAGAAAAAAAGGAGAAAAAAGAAAGUGCAAAGGGAGGGGGCGGAAAGACAGAGGCGAAGGGGAACAAGAAAGAGAAACAAGAGAAAGGAGGAAAAGACAGCAAAGGGGGGGACGGCGGUAAGUCUUCGGGAAAAGAGUCAAACAAAGGAGGGAAAGAUGCAGGGGAAAAGAAAGCGGCCAAGGGAGACAAACAGCCAAAGGGAGGUGAUAAAUCGCAAAAGUCGGCAGCAGACAAAGGCGAGAAGGCAAACAAGACAGGAAACAAAGCAGACAGCAAAGCAGCAGCAAAGGGGGAGAAGUCUGCUGGUAAAGACAAGGGUGCAGACGCAGCAGCAGGGAAGCAAAACGGAGCAGAUAAAACAGGGGGCAAAACAGAAAAGAAAGCAGACAAGUCAGCAGCCAAAGAGGGGAAAGCAAAAGAAAAGGGAGCAGCAAAGGAGAAGACAGCUGACAAGGCGGCAGGAAAACAAAGUAAGACAGAAAAGGCAGGUACAGCAGCAAAAGAAAAGAAAGCAGAGAAUAAGGCUGGUGGCAAAGAAAAGAAAGCAGAUAAGGCGGCAGCAAAAGACAAGACAGCUGAUAAAGCGGCAACAAAAGACAAGGCAGCUGAUAAGGCGGCAGCAAAAGGCAAGGCAGCUGACAAAGCCGCAGCAAAAGACAAGUCAGCUGACAAAGCCGCAGCAACGGACAAGGCAGCUGGCACAGCGGGAGCAGCAAAAGAGAAGUCUGCAGGUAAAGCAUCAGGAAAGGGAACUGCAACAGAAAAGGGAUCAGCAAAGGGAAAAGCAGCAGACAAAGGCACAGCAAAGGAAAAGACAGCAGAUAAGGCGGCGGGAAAAGAGCAAAAGAAAGCAGAGAAAGCAGCAGGAAAAGACAAGACGGCAGCAGCAAGUGGAGGGGCAAAGGCAGAAAAAGGAGGAGCAAAAGCAGGGCAGAAAAAGGAGAAGGCAGGAGGGAAAGAGAAAGCGAGCAAAACGGCAAAGCAAGAGAAAGGAGCAGCAAACAAAGAAAAAGCAGCAACGAAGAAAGAAAAGGGAGCUAAUAAGCCUAACACCGCUACCAACAAACCCAGCAAGAAAGGCGCCAAGCAGAAGGCAACACAGAGCAAAAAGACCAAGAAAAAGACAAACGCGACGGCAAAAAAUAAAUCCAAGGCGCGAAGGAAUAAAACGAAAAGCAGGACCGCCAGAAGGGCUGGGCAAAGACGGCAAAGAAACAGAAGACCGAGAAGGGCCGGCCGUUCUGGUGGGAGGAGAAGGAGAAGGUGA